AUGAUACCUUACUUAAUACGUACGUAUUUUGAUAAACCACCGUUAUGGCAAACAAUACAUGAAACAAAUGAGACAAAUAUAACAACAACAAACCUAAAACGACCAUGGCAUGUAAAGUCAAUCGAAUUUACAUAUAUUUAUGUAUCAGUUGUAUUUUAUUCAUGUUUAAUUCUGGCAUUAAUUUAUGCACUCAUAGAGUUAACAAAGUUAUAUGAUGAUAUCAAUAAUGUUCUAGUAUCUGUUAGUAAUAAUCCAAGAUUUAUAGAAUCAGAUGAGAAAAAACUUAUAAAUUUAAAAGAGGCAACCAAUGUUGAAUAUUUUUUGGCAAAAAUUGAAAGUUUGAUUGGACGAACACACAAACGCAAGUAUCGCCGAAAUUCUGUGGCAAUUGCAUAUGCACUCAUGAUCAUAAUUGUUCUGUCAUUAACAGCAGUGUGUCGCUUACUCAUCUAUGGUUUUGACGAGGUAUUAGAUUCAAUAACAGCAUUUUCUGUUAUUGAAGUUAUUAUUUAUUCAACAUUUACAAUUGCGUAUUUCAUCAUAUUGUCAGCAAUUAAUCAUUUAACAACACAUGUUGUUAUUGAAUUAUUAGACAGAACAAAACUUGAUUUAGCUAAAUUUAUAACAUUAUCAACAGAUAUCAAAGAAAUUGUUAAAGCACGUAAAACAAUUGAAUAUUUACGUUCAAUAAUUGAACAUGUAACAAUAAGGAAAACUAAGUAUACAGUAACUGUAUUAACUGUAGUUAUUGAUCGAUCAAGAAUUGUGCAAUUAUUAACAUUAAUUGUCACUGCAAUAGUAUCCUAUGUUGUGGCUUUGGUACAACGACAAUUACCGGAAUAA